CUGCUAAUGGCACGUGCAUGAAACCCGACGCCUGGAGUACUUGUAAUGGUGCAAUUGACAGCUCUGCCUGCUAUGGCACAAACUGCUCUUGUUGCAAGCCAGGAGCUUGUACACCAAAACCCAUCUGUUUGGACAAUCAAGGCUACUCCCUCGACACCACAAGUAAUCACACUUGCAGUGGAGCUGUCUAUGCCGAUGGUUGUGAUGGACUGAACUGUGCUUGCUGUUUCACAAAUCCUGAUAACUGUGUUGAAUUACCUGAAUUUGGAUGAGACAGCGGGAGAUGUGUCCAAGAUGGUGACUGGGGAGCUUGCUAUGGCUUGGCUGAACCAGCAGGUUGUUUUGGAAACAAUUGCACAUGUUGCAAGGAUUGUACCCCUAAUGCCCAGUGUACUGCUAAUCAAAGCUAUUGCUGCAUGUCACUGCUGUAUUAAUGGUAUGUCACUUCACUGAUGCCUCAUUUUCUUUGUAAUUGAAGUAGCAGUUUCUCAUUUGUUAAGAAUUUCAUGUCUUUAUUUUUUGAACACUGGAACCAUUAAAAUUUUGGUUAAUCAGUUGUAUAGUUUUGUACUUAGGUUCUUUUGAUGUCUGAAGUUAGUGUAAUUACUAUGUUUUUGUACAAAGGUUAAGCUGGAAUGUCACACAGUCUUCUGCAUAAUGCCUAUCAUUCUUAAACCAUAUUGGACACAAAAAUUCAAUGUAUUCUAUAUACAAGUUGAUUUUUGCAGUGUAUUCCUGAGGGAGUUUUGUUAAGUGACCAUAUUUCACUCCUACAGGGUACUUGAAACAUUUAGCAAGUACUUCUGUGUAUGAACAGUGCUUAAACUGUUGUUGACCUUUUCAUAUACUUCCCUCUGUGUUCUGUUACUUGACUGCGAGAACAGUGGUGGUUGUUGUUGUUUGGUGCUUUUACGUUGCAUGGAACCAGUGGUUAUUCAGCAACGGGACCAAUGGCUUUACUUGUCUUCCGAACCACGUCGAGAGUGAACUUCUAUCACCAGAAAUACACAUCUCUCACUCCUCAAAGGAAUAGCCAAGAAUCGAACACGCGACCACCAAGGUGGGACGCAAAUACCAUACCAACCACACCGCUGAGAUCUUGCAUGAAACCUGCAAACUGGAGUAGCUGUGUUGGUGCAAUUGAAUCAACUGACUGCCUUGGAGAUGACUGUACCUGUUGCCAUCCAACAGCUGUUUCAGGAUGUUCCAAAACCCAUAUGUUCAGACAAUAAUGGUUACUGCUUCAGUACGAAUAGCAGCCAUGUAUGCAAUGGUAUCACUUAUGACGAAGGGUGUGAUGGACCAAAUUGUGCUUGUUGUUUCAUGGAUCCUGAUAACUGUGUUGAAUUACCUGAAUGUGAGGAGGACAGUGGGAGAAUGCGUGAAAGAUGAUGACUGGGGAACUUGCUAUGGCUUAGCUGAACCAGCAGGUUGCCUUGGAAACAAUUGCACUUGUUGCAGGGAUUGUACCCCUAAUGCCCAGUGCAUUGCUAAUCAAGGCUAUUGCUACAAUGGUACGAGUAGCUACACGUGCACAGGUACCAUUUACGAACAAGGAUGUGGGGAGGCUGCAUGUCACUGUUGUAUUAAUGGAAGUUCACCAAAACCCAUCUGUUCAGACAAUAAUGGUUACAGCUUCAGUACGAAUAGCAGCCAUGUAUGCAAUGGUAUCACUUAUGACGAAGGGUGUGAUGGACCAAAUUGUGCUUGUUGUUUCAUGGAUCCUGAUAACUGUGUUGAAUUACCUGAAUGUGGAGGAGACAGUGGGAGAUGUGUGAAAGAUGAUGACUUGGGAACUUGCUAUGGCUUAGCUGAACCAGCAGGUUGCCUUGGAAACAAUUGCACUUGUUGCAGGGAUUGUACCCCUAAUGCCCAGUGUACAGCUAAUCAAGGCUAUUGCUACAAUGGUACAAGUAGCUACAUGUGCACAGGUACCAUCUAUGAACAAGGAUGCGGGGAGGCUGCAUUUCACUUUUGUAUUAAUGAUACUUCUCUCUGUGUUCUUUUACCUGGGUGUGUGAACAGUAGCGGAUCUUGCAUAAAACCUACAGACUGGAGUAGCUGUAAUAAGGUAGUUGAUUCCACUGAAUGCCUCGGAGAUGACUGUGCCUGUCGCAGUCCAGGAGACCUUACACUGUGGUUCUUCAGACAGCAGUUGAAAAAGGAGGGGUAAUUCUUAGUGAGGGUAUCCUUAGGCCCUGUCCACACUGUCAAGCAGAGCCCCACUGCCUGCUGUUUGUAUUUCUCUCGCUUCUGAAGCAAUGUUACCAGAUGAUCGUAUCCUUUCAGGCUCAUACUGUUAGGCAGAGCCCGACAGUCUCUGCCCUUAACCAGGCAAGGUCCGUCUGUAGCAGUGUUACCAAAGUGAGGAAAUUCGUCUGCUAACGAUGAAGAUUUGAGUUAGGGACAAUCAGACGAGGAUAUGAGUACCUAAUUCCCCCUCAAACUGAUAAUAUGAGGAAAUAUUUCCUCAACGCUAAUAGCUGUAUUAAGGCAUUUCUACAGAUUUUAUUUCAUAUGUAUGUAUACACACAAACUUAUCUACAGUACAUUAUAUAUACUUACAUGCAUACAUAUGUAAACAUAUUUUAUAUUUAAGAUUUCACUGAGUGUACUUUGAUGUUUGUAUGUUCUUCAUUCCUGAAAGCAUUUGUUACUGGAGUUAAUUUUGUAUUAACUUAGUGGAUAUUGAAUAAUGAAUAAUUAAAACGCAUAAAAGAUGUUUAUAGAGAAAUUGUGUUCCGUUCUUAACAUUCAUUACAUUUUAUGCAUUUUUUCGUAUAGAGCUACUAGCAAAAAAUAAAUAAAUAAAAUAAAAUAAAAAAAUGGUAGACAGCCUACCCAACUUGGUUUUAUGGAAAAAUUUAUAUACCUUUUUAUUUGGAAACAUAUAUGCACAUGAUUUUGAUGUAGGUACUGUGAAUGUGAUAUGUACAUAUUCUUUUCAUUUAUGGAUACAUGUCUCUGUAAUGGGGAACAAAACUGUACGAACAGGUUUAUAGAAUAACAUAAGUAAAGAACUUUACAUGCAUAGCAUUCAUUCAUUCGCUUGUUCUCUCUCUCUCUCUCUCACAAUCAUCAUGGUAUCUGAAGCAGUAAAAAAGGCUGGAGGUUGCACUAGGUUUACACCGACUAAAUCUAUGAUUGAAUGCUUGACGUCAUGGUGAUGAUAUAAAUGAGGAAGAGGUGGUGGAGGAGUAGGACAAUUAAUGAAGAGUAAUGACGACUUCUUUAAA